AUGGAAGUGGAAAACAGUCAAAAACAACACGAAACCUCCUCCUCCUCCUCAGCUGUCACACACUAUUGUAAGGUGUGCAAGCGGAGGUUUCAUUGCGCCGGAGCUCUGGGCGGCCACAUGCGCUCCCACGGCGUCGGGGAUCACCCAGACAAGCCCCACCUCGAAGAUGACUACGUUGUCAAGAGCUACCGGAGCAAGCCCCAGGCCGAGGGGCAGAAGCACUCUUACUUCCUGCGGACAAACACUAACCGUUUUGUCAGUAAUCGAGGAGGAGGAGGAGGAGGAGUUAAAGAUCAUGAUCAAUAUCAAGAUCAUCGGGAUAAUACAAUGUCAUCCUCGCCGUCCCGAGGGGACGGCGAGUAUUGUGCGUCCAGGGAGGAAGAGGAUCUGGCGAAUUGUCUGGUGAUGUUGUCCUCCAAUGGAUCAUUUGUUUCGUCCACGUACGAGGAAGACGAGAAUCAUAACCUACCGGAGGGAAAUAAGGCUAAGGAAAUGGAGAUCAACAACAACAAUAACAACAAUAACAAUAACAACAACAAAGGAUUGUUCCAAUGUAAGGCUUGUAAGAAAGUUUUCAAUUCCCACCAAGCGUUGGGCGGACAUAGAGCCAGUCACAAGAAGGUUAAAGGCUGCUACGCUGCCAAGCUCAACAACAUCAAUAACAACAACAACAACUCCGACGAUAAUGAUUAUUAUUUAGACGGUGGUGCUAGUGUGGGCCCCCAACAUUCCGAUUACUCUCUCCCCUCUCCUCCACCGCCGGCGGCCGCCGCACUCUCCAGAAAGCGAUCGAGGGUGCAUCAGUGUUCCAUCUGUCACCGGAUUUUCUCCUCCGGCCAGGCGCUCGGCGGCCACAAACGCUGCCAUUGGCUAGCGUCGGGGAUGACGGAGGCCACUCUCAUACAAAACUUCCAAGAAAUCGCAGCAUACGAUCACAGCAAAUCUCCGCCGUUAAUCUUCAAGAACCCGGCGUUCAUGGCUACUCCUCCUCCUCACCCAUCGCCGCUGGAUCUCAACUUUCCACCUCUGCUAUCUCAACCUGCCGGAGACAUAAGCAAAGCCGCCGCCCGGAAACCGGAGACACCGACAAGAAGCGGCUAUAUGAAACUAUGGGGAACCGAAGAACUCAGUACUAUUAAUACUAAGACGACCACCAACACCAAUUAUCACAAUCACCAUCAGAAUUCUCGAAACAACAUUAAAUUUGCUGAUGAGAAACCUAAGAUGAAAUCGCCAAAGCUAAGUGACCUAAAAGAUUUGAAAUUAGAUGGAGGAUCAGCUUCUGGGUGGUUGCAAAUGGGGAUUGCUUCUUCAACCCCUGCUUUAAUUUGA